AUGAAUGGGAUGACGACACAUCUGAGGGUGGAUCUAUCGAAAAAUGUUUCACUGAAGAAAAUGGUGGCUGUUCUGUCCAUGGCCAUGGACAAUGCCGAAGGCGACUUACUCAAGCCCUAUGUUGAUUGGUCCUGGAACAAUGGAGCUCGAUUUGGAUACAACUCCAAGAAUCCUGGCCCCAAGACUCUCCGCACCUGUAUCCGAGUGGCCCAUAACUCUUCAUUGGAUGACAUGUCCCGGCUUCUAGGUCAGUGUUUUGAGAUCACUGGCACCCAUGCAGGCGUCUUCCGGUCCCUGUUGCAAGUUAGUGAUCCGGUCCGAAUCGGCUGGCUCCUCAACUACCCUAUGGGAUCGGCAGAGCGGCACUUGAACGGGAACUCAUGCGGCCAAGAAAAGCCAGUCCAAGCAACCUACAGCAAAGCCUACGCCGACUCCUCCAACACCUCCCAAACCGCAACAAAGUCUUCUACCCCACAGCCAGCAACCAACCCUCCUCCCACGUCUUCAGCCCGGGCAAAACUUUCCGCAUCUGAACAGGCCCCCACUACUGAGGAGUUCGAUCGAAGUGCAUGGCUUGCGGCAAUGGAUGCUGAACUGAACCAGGGCCCAGCCGGUCUCUUCCAAAUGAUCCUACCAGGUCCGAUUGACGGUUUCUACGUGUUUGUGGUGCGCCAAAAGUUUGCCUCAU